UUGACCUCUACAACGCCAGCCUGUCAUAUCCCACCCAAACAGAACUGUCUGUGUCUCUUACUACUCUGGCGUAUAAUACAUGUUGUGUGUGUGUCUCUCUCUAUAUACACAUAUAUUAUAUAUGAAUGAUUUCAUAUUCAACAUUUGGUGGUGAAUCGUUUCCUUUUGUAUUCUGAAAGAGAUUCUUCUGGAGAUAAAAGAGAAAACCUAGGAACCCAGCAAUUGUGCGAAAUUAUGAGUCUUUUUGGCCUCGGAAGCAGAAACCAGAAGACAUUUCGGCCUAAAAAGAGUUCUCCAUCAGGAAGUAAGGGUGCACAACUUAAAAAACACAUUGAUGCUACCUUGGGUGGUGGGAACUUGAGGGAAGCUGUCCGACUACCCCCUGGAGAAGAUCUUAAUGAGUGGCUGGCUGUAAAUACGGUUGACUUUUUUAAUCAAGUGAACAUUCUAUAUGGCACUCUUACUGAAUUCUGCACACCGUCAAACUGUCCGACAAUGACUGCAGGACCAAAAUAUGAGUAUAGAUGGGCUGAUGGAGUUACCAUAAAGAAACCCAUAGAGGUAUCUGCUCCUAAAUAUGUAGAAUUUCUAAUGGACUGGAUUGAGGUUCAGCUUGAUGAUGAAUCAAUUUUUCCUCAAAAAUUGGGGGCACCAUUUCCACCCAAUUUUCAAGAUGUUGUUAAGACAAUAUUUAAGCGAUUGUUCCGUGUAUAUGCUCACAUCUACCACUCACAUUUUCAAAAGAUCGUGAGUCUGAAGGAAGAAGCUCAUUUGAAUACUUGCUUUAAGCAUUUUGUUUUCUUUACAUGGGAAUUUUGCUUGAUCGACAAGGGGGAGCUUGCACCUCUCUACGAGCUCGUUGAAUCUAUCUUACAGUAGUAGUGCCUCGCGAAUAUCUUUUAUUUUUCUUUCAUUUUUAGUAAUCAGUAGACAUUUUUUGUGGGCUUUUGUUUGCUCAUUUAUCUUUGUUGAGGUCUUUUAGUGUCCCCAAAAGAAGAAAAAAAGAAAAAAGAGAGAGAACUUCGAUUUUGCGGAGCUGGAUGACAUGAUUGGUCAUUUUAUCUUUGUAAAGCCUUGCAAUUUUCGUUCUUCUUGUUCUAUUGUAUUGGAUUUGUCCUUCCUGUUUGGUCAUUUACUCUUGUUUGAACGAGAAUACGAGAUGCAUUCUUCAA